AUGAGGGCAGUGGUUAGGAGGUUUGUACUUAGGCUUAAACUCGAAUUGCAUAGGGAUGCCAAUACUGCUGCUCAAAACGACAAAAUUACUAUUUCCAAGAUAAUGGCAUUUGUGCAAGGUAACGAGACUAGUUUGAAGGAAGAAGAAGCCCUGCAGAAGCAAAAAGAUAGAGAGUGCAAUAAAAGGGCUAAGUCGGAUGGUAAUUUCAGUCAGGGAGGAUCUCAAGGAGGUGGAAACCAUCAGCUCUUUAAGAAUAGGUCUUCAAGACCUGCUCCCUCUACAACUAGUGCUCCAUCUCGGAGGUCCAAGUUUAAUCAGAAAGGCCGAAACUUAGGAACAGCAGGCUCACAGUCGCAAGCCAGCGUGACCAACUGUGGUUUCCAACACCCUGCUUGCAACACUUGUGGUAAGAAGCACUCAGGAAUAUACCGUUUGGGCAUGGAUGCCUGUUUUUGGGUGUGGGGCGUGGGGCAGCAAAGUCUAGAAAUACAAGCGGUAGUUAGAACCGUCUGUAUGAACUGUCAGGACGUCAGGAUACAGAGGCCCCAUGGAGAUGUUGUCACAGAAUGGAAGGGUAAUUCAGCAGUACCUAGGGAUAGAUUUAUUUCUUCUCUUAGAGCCAAAAAGAUGAUUUCCAAUGGGUGUAUUUACCACCUAGUUCGAUUCAGGGAUGCAGAUGCCCAGACUUCGACUCUCCCGUCAGUGUCAGUUAUCACUGAGUUUCCAGAAGUCUUUCCAGAUGAUCUACCCGGAAUUCUUAUCGAUAGGGAAAUUGACUUUGGGAUUGACUUACUUCUCGGUACUAAGCCGAUAUCUAUUCCACCGAAUAGAAUGGCACCAGUAGAAUUGAAAGAGUUAAAAGUUCAGUUGAAAGAACUUUUUAACAAGGGAUUUAUAAGGCCAAGUGAAGGUGCUAAAGUAGAUUUUCAAAAAAUUGACGCUGUUAAGAAUUGGCCCAGACCCACCUCAGCAUCAGAUAUCAUAAUUUUCCUGGAUUUGGCAGGUUAUUAUAGGUGGUUCGUGGAGGGUUUUUCCUCUAUCUUAGCUCCGUUGAUGAAGUUGACUCAGAAAAAGGUUAAAUUUCAAUGGUCAGAUGAAUGUGAAUAG